CGGCACAGAACAGGCCUCCAAUCAAACAAAAAAAAAAACAAAGAGCAAGAAAGUCCCACCAGCAUCAUCCCAAAUCCAAUCAUCAUCCCAUUAUUAUAUGUAUCCUCAUCGUGAUGUUGGAACUUCCCCUUUGGACCCUUUUGAAAUUGAUGAAAUUUGGUGGUGUUGGAGCUGUUCUUCGGAAUGGCAAGCUCCGGCAAGGACGAGGAGGAGGAUACCGCCGGCAUGGAGAGGCUGAAAGUGCUGGACGGUGUGAAAAUGGUUGAUGCGCCGAUCAUUUUAUUUGUUCUUUCUCAUAAGGCGUUUGUGAAGGAGCUUGAGGAGCUUUGCAAAGUGUCAAUUGCGGCUGUGGAGAGUGGGUCUUGUGACAGGGGAGUUGUUGAUGAUCUUUGCAGGAGGUUUGAGUUCUUUAAGCUCGUCUAUGAAUACCACUGUGCUGCUGAAGAUGAGAUUCUCUUUGAGGAACUGGGCAAUCCAAUCAAGAAUGGCUUGUCUAUAUAUGCUGAAGAACAUAAAAACAUAAUUGGAAAAUUCAGAUCCUUGUUGGAUUGUUUGAAUCUUCUGAAGAAGGAGGAGACUGAAGAAUUAUCUAAUACUCUAUCAGAACUUCUAUCUUUGAUUGUAUCCAUAAAGUCCAUCUUCUGCCAUCAUGUCCUGAAAGAAGAAAGACAGGUUUUUCCGUUCAUUUUAAAGCAAUUUUCUUUGGAGAAACAAGCUAAGAUUGUAUGGCAGUAUAUCUGUGCUCUCCCUCUUGCUGUUUUAGAAGAUUUUAUACGCUGGAUGGCCUCAUUACUUCCUCCAGAGGAACAAAUAGACUUUGCAGUUGGUAUAAAGGCGGUUUUACCUGAGGAGGAGGUACUUCAGGAGGUUGUCAUUUCCUGGCUUUGCGAAAAGAAAUCAUCUCAUACUGAGGCCUUUAUUGUGCAUGGAAUUGGAGCUCGAUGUCAUAGUGGAGAAGCUAGUUUUGGCAAUUUACUUGAGCUAUUUCCAGAUGCAUGUCAUUUUACUGGGGAAGAACAAUCAAAGAAACCACGUUCAACACAAUCAAGUAGUAGGGAGAACCCAAUCGCUGGCAUUCAUAUUAUGAAUAGUGCUAUUAUGAGGGAAUUCAGGGAAAUCUUGGUCCUGUUGAAUCAAUCAAGGAUAUCAGCUACAUGUUCAGACAUAUCUUCUCUACUAAUACAGCUACAAUUCCUCGCUGAUCUCCUUAUCUUCUACAGCAAAGCAUUGGAUCAAAUAUUAUAUCCCAUGCUCGAAGGACUUUCCAAGAAUGGUAUACCAUUUCGCUGCAAACGAUUAACUGAUGAAUCUCAAAUGGGAAGGCUUCAAAGCUUCCUCUACGGGAAGCUUCAAUUUGGGUCUCAACUCAGCAAUUUCUUGGACUCCCUCUGUGAGGAAUUGGAAUCACUGCUGUGCAACAUUGGCAACAUCUUCAUUUACAUAGACAGAGAGGUAUUUUCAUUAAUGCACGAGAACUGCGGCUAUAAGAUGCAGUUAUGGCUGUUAUAUGCUGGUCUGAAAUCAAUGCCAUUUGGGCUAUUGAGGUGUGCUACCCUUUGGCUUUCUGCUACUUUAUGUGAUGAACAAUUUAAGAUUAUGGUGGAUGCCAUGAAUGUCUCGUGCACUCUAGUCGACAAGACCCUUGCUCCUCUGUUGCAUGAGUGGAUUCGGAGUGGUUAUUCAAGUAAGAUUUCCCUGGAAAGUUUAGCAAAGGCUUUUGGAACUUGUAGAGAAGGCUAUUGCAAAUUUAGCCGAAUUAAAGCAGAUACUGGAUUUUCUGACGUAGAGUUUGAAAUUCAAGGCCUUAGCACAUUUAACCUCAUGAAUUUUAAGCCAAAAUCUGCUGUUAUAAAGAAUAUCAAGACCUUGAAUGCCUUAUCUUCACUUUCCAAUAAGGAACUUGAAUCUAGUACAUUCAAUCUUCAAAGAUUAUUUCCUCAAUUGUUGAGUUAUUCAUACCCCAUGCUUAUAUAUCCAGCUGAGUAUGGUUCUUUCAACAAUAAUUUCACUCUUGAUUCUCAACCAAUGAUUCAUUUGGUUUGCUUUCACAAUGCUCUUAAAAGAGACCUGAGCCAUAUUGUCAGUCUUUCUGCCAAUUUGUCCAAAAGUAAUAGGCUUUUCCCGGAUUUCCGAAGAUGCUUCCAGCUUCUUCAGUUUUUCUACGAUGUUCACAUUAUGUGGGAGGACGAGGUUAUCUUUCCUGCUCUGGAAUCCAAGGGAAAACUGAAAAGCACCACUCACUAUUACACUGCUCACGACCAAUUGGAUACUGAACAGUUCAAGAAAGUUUCGCUUAUUGUAUAUAAGCUUUCUGAUUUGCUCGAUAAUCCUGUCACCACAGGUCUGACUAACCAAAAAUGUCAUCAGCUGUAUCUAGAGCUUCAUGAAGCUUGCCUUUGCAUGCAAAAGGUCAUCUGUGAACAUAUUCAUCACGAAGAAAUCGAACUCCGGCCUUUGUUUGCGCGAUACUUCUCAAUUGAAGAACAAGAAACCAUAAUAGGGCGCAUGCUUGGAAGGACUGGAGCUGAAACUUUAACAAGAAUAAUACCUUGGUUGAUGUCAUUGUUAGAGGAAGAUGAAUGGCAAGGCCUGUUAUCCCUAUGGCGCAAAGCUACAAAAAUGACAAAUUUUGACGAAUGGUUAGGAGACUGGUGUAAAGGUUUGAUAAAUGUACCUAGAGAUAAUGGAGGAUCGUGUAGUCCUCCUAUCUUUCCUGCUGACCCCAUAGAAAUGAUCAGAACAUUUGUGGGAGAACAAAGUUUUGGGGCCAAAUGUGAUAUAACUGAAGAUAAACUUUCAGUUAAAGAUUUGUCAGAUCAUAAUUUGGAGAAAUCAGAGGCUCUUACUCUGCAUCUGCAAGUUCCCAAAAGUGUUGAAAAUGUUGAUAAGCACCCUGCUCUUGCUAAUUCUUUAGGAGACAGAGAUGUUGAGAAACGCAAAGAAAAACUUCUUUCUACUGAUCAAGCAGAUGAAUUCAGACAGGAAGUCAAGGUUUCUCGACACAGUCACCCUUUAGCACUGAGUCCAAAGGAGCUUGAAAAUGCAAUAAGAAAGAUUUCAUGUGACCCUAAAUUGGAUUCUUGUAAGAAAUCACAGGUUAUGCAGAGCUUGAUGAUGAGUCAUUGGGCAGUGACACAAACGAAGUUGAAGAUGACAAGCGCUGCACAUGAAAAAGAUGAAGAUCUGGGUCAGCAUCCAUCUUACCUGGACUCUCUUAAUCAAAUUUUUGGCUGUAAUCAUUAUAAAAGAAACUGUAAACUUCUUGCUGCAUGUUGCAGCAAGCUGUUUACUUGCAUAAGGUGUCACGAUGAUCUGACCAAUCAUUCUGUGGAUAGGAAAACUAUUACAAAGAUGAUGUGCAUGAAAUGCUUGGUAAUUCAAUCAAUUGGUCCUACUUGCUCAAAUCCAGAAUGCAAUGAUUUCUCCAUGGCAAAAUACUAUUGCAGGAUUUGCAAAUUAUUUGAUGAUAAAAGGCAAAUUUAUCACUGUCCCUACUGUAAUCUGUGUCGUGUUGGAAAGGGAUUAGGUAUUGACUACUUCCAUUGCAUGAAAUGCAAUGCUUGCAUGUCAAAGUCUCUUUCUUUGCAUGUAUGCAGAGAGAAGUGCUUUGAAGACAACUGCCCAAUUUGCCGUGAAGACUUAUUUACCUCGAGCUCCCCGGUUAAGGCACUUCCAUGUGGUCAUCUAAUGCACUCGUCAUGUUUUCAGGAUUACACAUUCAGUCAUUAUACCUGUCCAAUCUGCAGCAAGUCUCUUGGGGACAUGCAGAUAUAUUUUGGAAUGCUGGAUGCACUAUUAGCUGAAGAGAAAAUUCCCGAGGAGUAUUCCAGUCAAGUGCAGGUUGAGAAUCAAUAUCUCUGUUGUGGCUUUUUACCUGUUCUAUUUCUUUUGCAAUAG